ACCCUAACAACAACGAUAAGACUUGUAAACAUUCCAGAGAAGCCAGUCAUCAAUAUGGAUGCAAUCCAGACAACGCCCACCACUAUCUUCAUAUUCUGGACCAUUCCCACCGAUGUGAGUUACUCAGAGGUGACGUGGAGACAAGCUGCGAUUGGACUGGUCAAUGGUGCAGCGGACAACAUUGGAUCCAGUGGCAGACUCUCAACUGAUACCAACAGCUUUAGAAUUGAGGAUCUA